UCAACCUUAGGUCUUUUCCCGUCCCUUCCGGUUUCCACUUUCCACCCCCGAAGCCAAGUGCAGAUUUCUUCGUUUUGUCCGCGGCCCGCCCACCGACCCGAAACCUCACCUCGCCGUGACGUCCCCACCGUCCGUUCCGCCUGCCGCGCGAUCGACACCGCCCAUCUCAUCCUCGCCGGUCCUCCUGCAACUCUUCGGCAGCAAAUCCGUCCUUUGGACUCCCAAACCAUCGGCUGUUCGAUUUGGUUUCCAGAGAUGAGACAUGUCAGGGAGGAAUCCUCCUCCAGCAAGGAUCAGAUCAUUGACUUAAUCUUAGCCAUUGGAGAGUUACAUGGAUUAAAUUCUAGAGAGCUCAACAAAUUGUUGAAAAAAUCUGAGAAUUUCACCAUACAAUGCAAAACAGAAAAUGGAUCUCUGAGACAGAUUGAUAUGGAGAAACUUGCAUCUUCUCUCCCUCUACACCUUAUUGCCGUCCUUUUGUCACCUGAGAGGGAUAUGCACAUGGGACAUGUGCUUCGUGGUGUUCGGCUUUUACAUACUCUGUCUGAUCUGGCAAUUCGCCAUGCUAGACUUGAGCAGAUUCUGCUUGAUGAUGUAAAGCUGUCUGAACAAAUACUGGAUCUGGUGUUCUACAUGUUAAUUGUUCUUGCACAUCGUAAGCAGGCUAAACAAAUUGAAAGUCCCCCCCUUCUGCACCCGGCGCUUGUUGCCUGCAGCCUUCAUCUUUUGACAGGUUAUUUUUCAUCCCAGUGGCAUGAACUUGUGCUUAUUCUGAAUGCACAUCCCAAGGUUGAUAUGUAUAUUGAUUCAGCUUUUGAUGCUGUGCAUGAAGACAUUAAAAUAUUACAUAGCGAGUUUUCUGAAUUAAACAAUGAAGUCCUAUGCAACAAAUCCAGUCUCCCUGCUGCUGAAAGAACAGCCCACUAUAUUUGUCAACAGACCGAGGCUUCAUUGCAGUUUCUUUUAUUCUUGUGCCAGCAAAAGGUGAUCCGGGACCGUGUCCUUAAACACAAGGAACUAUGUAAAAAUGGGGGCAUCCUUUUACUGGCUCGUAUGAUUCUAAAGUUAAAUGUUCCACAUUGUUUUAAGGAGUCUUUUGACAUAGUGGCUACUGUAUCCAGGCUGAAGGCAAAAAUUCUAUCUAUUUUGUUGCAGCUGUGUGAAGCAGAGAGUAUUUCUUACCUUGAUGAGCUUGCUAGUUCCCAAAAGACCAUGCACCUAGCAAAAUCUGUUGCAUUAGAGUUCCUUAAUCUGCUGAAGAGUGCAUUCAGACGAGAAGCCAAACAACUUGGUGAUUCUCAUGACAAGAGCAGCCGGAUGGGCCUUGUGCUUCUUAAUGGAUUGUGUCUAUCUGAUAUAUUUUCUGAUGAUUCAAAUUUCCGGUCUUUCUUUAUGACUAAUAUAAUUCCAGUUCUUGUUGAAAUUUUAGCGAUUCCCCAUGAUGAGUUCUUAUCAAGUUGGUGCUCUGUCAAUAUACCAAUGGUAGAGGAAGAUGCUAAUCUUGAGUAUGACCCAUUUACUGCAGCUGGUGUGGCCUUAUCUACUCUAAAUAAUGGCUGUGAGAGUGCUCAAUCAGCACCGAUUCUUCUGGUCGAAACUAAUUAUGCAUGCCCAAGCAGUUUCAGUGGCAUGCCUUCAGUUGCAUAUGCACAGCAAAGAACAUCAUACUUAGUCAAAAUAAUAGCAAAUCUGCAAGUUUUCGUUCCUAAUAUAUGCGAAGAAGAAGAAAAGGAUUUAUUCCUCAACAAAUUUCACAAGUAUAUGCUUAUGGAGAUCCUUCAGUUAUCCAAAUACCCCUCGAGUUCUUGUAUAGAGCAGACUACCACAAUUUGUAAAAACUUAAGUUCUUUAUCUGACUAUGCAAGAUCUUUGACUCCCAACCUAUUGAACGAUGAGGAUGUGCAUCUUUUAAGUGUAUUCUCUGAUCAACUGCAAAGAUCAGUUGAACCACAUAUUAGAAACAAUUUGGUUCAGCUGCUCCUCAAAGAUAAAGGUACAUCAGGCAACAAAGAUGGAUAUACAAUGCAGCAGUCUUCACUUAAUUGGACUCAAGUUUCAAAUCCCUAUAUCAACAAAUGCCAGCAGGAUGCUCAAAGUAACGGGAGGACUGCAUCAUCUCUAAUGAGAAAACUAGAUGCAAGUGCUCAAGAAGAGUCUCCAAUCUUUAAUACUAAUGAUGUUGAUGUGAAAGGGAGAACUCCAGAAGGUUCCCUCCAAGAGCUAGAUCAGCUUAAUGUUACAAGUAAUCAGAUUGAGAACUUUGAAACAAAAGAGCAUGCAAAAGAAAGUGGCUUCCAGGAAGAUGAGAAAGCAGAGAGUGUCCAGGGUGAAGAAAAGCAACCAAGAAAGAGAAAACGAAAUAUUAUGAAUGAGAAGCAGAUAUUUUUAAUUGAAAAGGCCCUCCUGGAGGAACCUGAAAUGCAGAGAAAUGCGGCUUCAUUGCAGUCAUGGGCAGAUAAGCUGAGUUGUCAGGGCUCAGAAAUUACAUCCUCUCAGCUAAAGAACUGGCUAAACAAUAGGAAAGCGAGACUUGCUCGUGCUGCCAGGGGAGCCCGAGCUCUAUCUGAAGGGGAAAUUGUCUAUCCAGAUAAGUCCGGUGGGGCCAGCAUGUCCCAUUCCUAUGACUCCCCGGAGAGUGCUGGUGAAGAAUUCUAUGUUCCAUCUACCAGAGGAAGCAGUCACCUAUCCAUUCCCAGAUCUAGUGGCAAGAUGAGAAGAGCAUCAAGCACUGAGGAUAAUGACAUGAUGAUCCGUCGUGAUUUUGUAAAUGGAGUUCAGCAAAACCGCCCUUCCGCAAGAUCCGUUUCAUUUGAACCCGGCCAGUUUGUUAUGUUGGUAGAUUUAGAGGGCAAGGAAGUUGGGAAAGGUAAGGUGUUUCAGGUAGAAGGUAGAUGGCAUGGGAAGAGCUUGGAUGAUAGCAGCCUGUGCAUCGUGGAUGUCACAGAGCUCGAGACUGAUAAAUGGAAAGAGGUUCAACACCCUUCAGAAGCUGCUGGAAGGACAUUUGAGGAGGCUGCUGCAAGGAAUGGUGGUGUUAUGAGGGUUGCAUGGAAUGUCAUCAGAAUCGUGUUAUUGUCUCGAUAAACUGUCUUUUCUAAUGCGUAACCGGAGGCUUCUGACUUCUGACGGUGUAAGAAGUUAGCUGAUCUCAAGAUUUCAGUGUUGUGUUUAUUCAGAGGUCCUGAUCUGGUUAGAGAGCAGAGUAUGUGUCAAUAUAGAGCCAUUGUGAGAAGCAGUCGUUGUUACUGUUACUCCCCAUAUAAAAUUAAGUUAAUCUCAUAUACAGUGGCAAAUUCUGAUGUCAUAUACAGUUAAGCUUUUUUUGUCAAUGGUCAAAUUUUAAGUAAUUGCAGCAUAGAUAUACACAGAA